AAAAAUUAUUCUUUUUGUCUCAAGACUCACAAUUCCAUUCAUUUCUAAAACCUCUCACAAAGAUCCUAUAUCUUGUUUUUUCUCCUAAGUGAAUUUGGUAUCUAUACAUAUAUAUUCUUUUGGUGGCAAGUUAAAGAAAGUUAGAAGAUGUUGGGAGAAUUGAUCACAAGUAGUCUUUUCUUAGUUCUUGGAUAUGCAUAUCCGGCUCUCGAGUGUUUUAAAACUAUAGAGAAGCAAAAUGUUGGAAAUGCUGAAUUACGAUUUUGGUGUCAAUAUUGGGUGAUUAUUGCAAUACUUACGGUGUUUGAAAGAGUUGGUGAUAUAUUCAUUUCAUGGGUGCCAAUGUAUGGAGAGUUGAAACUGGCACUCAUUAUCUACUUAUGGUAUCCCAAAACUAUGGGUACUGGGUUUGUAUAUGACACAAUGCUGAGGCCUUUUAUAGUAAGACAUGAAACUGAUAUUGAAAGCAGUUUAAAGAGAUUUAGAGACAAAGCAUGGGACGUGGCGAUUUAUUAUUGGCAGAAUUCAACGGAAUUAGGCCAAACAAAAUUCUUUGACAUCCUUCAGUAUAUUAUUUCUAAGCCCUCAAACUCAAAACCAACAUCUCAGGGGUUACAAAACAAUCAAAGCUCCGGUGAUGGACGUCCUCCACCUCCUCCAAUGACUCCAUCUUUCUUCGGAUCACAACAGGAAAAUGAAAGAUGGGCACCAACUGCACCUCCAGUGCCAACCACCGAUCACCACCACCACCAUCAUCAAGGCUCUAGCUCGGCUCCUAAAGAACCGGUUUGGCUAAGAUUUAGACGGUCUAGAGGACUUUAGCUCUCAAAUACAAGAUUGUAAAUAAAAACCACCAUCAAUAUUUGUAUUCCCAUUUUUUUAUUUAUUCAAUUGUUUGAUGUAUUCGGAUUUAUUAAUAACUAAAUACUACAAGAGGGCAAGAAGCAGGAGAUACUAUAGCUAUACGCAUAUUCAGACUUUUACAAAUGUAGCAAAAUCAAUGAUGAACAGAAGUUAUGUAUCUUGAAGGGAUUACAGGUUGUAAAGAUUUGUGGAACAACAAUUUCUAUUUUCAGCACAAUCAACUUAUACAUGCUUUGUAAUUUGAGAUUUUUAUAAAGUUGAUGGCAGUGAAUAGCAUUACAGCUUAUUAUAUUAGAAAGUCAGAGAGUGCAGCUAAGGGUGUGAUUACUAGAACUUGAGUGCUAAAAUUAAGCCCCUUUUGUAUGAUUACUAGAUAUCACAUCAUGGUUUUAUAGAGAGGAAGACUGUCUACAGCUCACCUCCCUCAUACCCCGCUCAGGGAUUGGGUA